AUGCUUCGCGAUAAGGGCAACGUGAGGCAAUUAAAAAACGAAGAAUUAACAGUUUGUGUGGAAAGAGUCAAAUCAUUGCCUAAUAUUCCGGAAGACGCCAUUCAAAUAGAGAAGUGGGGCGUUUCAGGAGGGAGUUAUGGGGAUGUCUCAUUUGGAACAUACCGGCGUAAAAAGGUAGUGAAGAAGGAUUUCAGAUUCAUGAACACGAUUGUUGAACGCAUAUACAACUACCGCGAAGCCUACACGCUUGCUACCUGCAAUCACCCAAACAUCGUCAAGUUCAUUGGUGCCGGUCCAAACACGCGAAUGGCCGACAUUCGCUAUGUUGUAAUUGAGCAAGCAACAGAUGCCUCCCUGCAGGAGCUCAUUUAUUCGGAAGCCAAGUACAACAUUUGGCACGUAAUGCUCUGGGCCCUGCAUCUUGCAGAUGGGUUGGAUUACCUUCACUCUCGUGCUGAGCCAAUUAUCCAUCGUGACUUAAAACCCGCCAACAUGCUACUCUUUGACGGAUGCACCACUCUCAAGAUCAGCGAUUUUGGCAGCUCAAAGAUUUUUGAAAGGAGCAAGGAAGAAUUGCAGUCAGUAAACCAGGGCUCCCUUUUCUAUAUGGCACCGGAGGUACAACAGCGUCACAAGGAUAAGUUCUUCGCCAGUUAUUCGAAGUCAGUGGAUGUAUACAGCAUGACAGUUUCAAUUUGGGAAAUGUUGACACGAAGAUUGGACCAAGUGGUGAAUCCUCACUCCGUGAGGAUCCGUUCAUGUCCGCCAUUUCUUCAAAGUCUCUUUGAUCGUGGAAUGGCAGAAGAUCCGCGUCAGCGACCAACAGCGACACAGUUGGUCCGACUCUUCGAUUUGAUCAUGUGCAAAGUCUGCACGAUGGACACUUCGCAACUGUGCAUUCACUUCGAGAACGCUGAAGCUCCCAGCACCUCUCAAGAGAUCAGCAUUAUCACCGAUUCUCAGACCACUGAUGCUCUAUCAGAGAUCCCUAUCAGACAUGAGGAUGAAACUGCAACGAUCCAUGCUAGGGAGAGUGAACCAGACAUCGAGAUGACGGUAAAUGUAAAAGACUUUGGCCUUGUGUUUACUGCAAAUAUUAUUCUACAAUACAUUUAA